AUGCUUAUCUCUUCUAUCAUAACCUCUUCUUCUCCUAUUCGUCUCGUCCGCACUUGUUCUUCCAUGGCCUUCACUUAUAAGGAAGCUGUCAACAAGAUCAUUUCUCUUCAGACCAAUGCGUCUGUGCUUGACAUGUUGCGGAAAGCUGGACCACGUAUGAACGAUCGUAGCCUUCCCGAAAUGCGUGGUUACUUGAAACGCAUUGGUUAUGAGCCGCAGGAUUUUGAUAAGCUUAACAUUAUCCAUGUUACGGGCACCAAGGGCAAAGGUUCUACUUCGGCAUUGACUCAAUCCAUCCUGCGACAUUUUCCUACCACGCAACCUAUCAGAACAGGUUUAUUCACUUCGCCCCACCUGGUUGCUAUGCGCGAACGUGUUCGUAUCAACGGCGAGCCAUUGAGCGAGGACAAGUUUGCAAAGUAUGCUCAAGAUGUAUGGGAACGACUUGAAAACACCAAACCCGAGGCAUUGGCGUUGAAUGAAUCCGAAGAUGCACGCGAUUUGUUACGAGCUACACGUGAACAUCCCGACAAGCCCACCUACUUUCGCUUUUUGACUUUGUUGGCUUUCCACGCUUUCCUUCAAGAGAAUGUCGAUGUCGUGGUACUGGAAGUGGGUGUCGGUGGUGAAUAUGACUCUACCAACGUCAUUGAAAAACCUGUCGUAUGUGGUAUCACAGCAUUGGGAUUGGAUCAUGUCAGCGUGUUGGGAGAUACAAUUGACAAAAUUGCAUGGCAUAAGGCUGGUAUCAUCAAGCCUCAUGUGCCUGCUGUUGCAUUUGAACAAGCACCUGAAGCCAUGAAGGUCAUUGAAGAACGCGCCAAAGAAAAGGAUGCACCCUUACAAUUCCUUCAUGCGAAUGAAAUUGAUCGCUUAAAGGAUGUCAAGGUUGGCUUGGCUGGUGUACAUCAGCAGUACAAUGCAUUGACAGCUAUCGAAUUAUGCCGUACAUGGUUGAAAAAAUGCCGCAACGUGGAAUUGUCUGAGCCAGUACCCAAAGAAUUCCGUGCAGGCCUUGAAAAGGUGGUAUGGCCGGGUCGUGGUCAACGUCUUGCAGGUCAAGAUACAAAGUACAAGGAGAAGGCGAAUCGCAUCAUGUGGUACCUUGAUGGAGCACACACUGCCGAAUCUCUACGAGUAUGUGCGGAUUGGUUCAAGGAUGUCGUUCAGGAAGAAAACAACCAAAAAGACAUGUCGCGUGUGCUCGUAUUCAACUGCACCAAUGGUCGUGAUGGCCCCCACCUUUUGGAUGAAAUCAUUCGUGUCCAUCCCAAUGUCCAAUUUGAUCACGUGGUCUUUACUACCAACAUGACUUUCCGUAAGGGCUAUACAGCAGAUAGCAACAAUAAGACCGUUUCACAGGAAGAUGCUGUAGCAAUGCAAAAGACGCUCGCUGAAGCAUGGAAGGAACGUAUGGACACAUUUGAGCCUGAACGCGUGCACGUGGUCCCUUCGAUUGAAGAUGCCAUGGAGUGGAUUGUUGAUUAUUCGCAAAAGGAACCAUCCAAGCAUGUCCAAGUACUAACUACUGGUAGUCUUAUCAUGGUGGGCAAUACCCUCACGGCUCUUGGCAUCCCUCCUCAAUAG